AUGGCCAUCCAGAAGCUCGAGGACAAUACCGUACGCUUGUUGGGCGCCUCACAAGUCUUGAACGACCCGUCGGCACUUAUCAAGGAACUCGUCGACAAUGCACUGGAUGCCAAAGCUACGUCGAUAGCCAUCGAAAUAAGUGCCAACACGCUCGAUUCCAUUCAGGUCCGCGACAAUGGCCAUGGAAUCUCGCCAGAAGAUCGUGCCAUGGCGGCCAGACCAAACUGCACCAGCAAGCUCGCGGACUUUGAUGACUUGCGAAGUAUUGGCGGCAGCACGUUAGGCUUUCGAGGACAAGCAUUAGCGGCAGCAGCAGAAUUGAGUGGCGGCAUGAUCAUCAGUACCCGAGUAGAAGGCGAAGAAGUGGCAGCUACUAUGACCAUUAACCGUCUUGGUGAAGUAGUCAGCCAGCAGCGAGCAUCACUCCCAGUCGGGACCACUGUUUGCGUUGCAGAUUUCGUCAAGUCACAACCAGUCCGCAGACAGCACGCACUGAAGAAUGCUGAGAAGACGUUAAAGCACAUCAAGCAGACAUUGCAGGCAUAUGCUUUUGCGAGACCACAUGUCAGAUUGUCCUUCCGAGUACUGAAAGCCAAGAAUGACAAGGGGAACUGGAUGUAUGCUCCAAAGUCAGGAGCAGGUGCUGAAGAUGCUGCCAUCAAGAUCAUGGGAUCUGCGUGCGUGACUCAGUGCGAGUGGAUCGUGCUUGCGGAAGGUGGGUACGAAUUGCGAGCUCUUGUGCCACGGCCAAAUGCAGAAGUGAGCAAAGUCAUCAAUGCUGGUUCGUUCGUUUCGAUCGACGGCCGACCUGUGUCGACAAUGCGAGGCACAAUGAAGCAGAUUGUCAAGAUCUUCCGUGAAGCCCAGAAGGGCGCUGGAUCGAGAUGGAGCAGUGCUAAGGAUCCUUUCAUCAAUUUGCUCAUUUCCUGUCCCUCCGCAAGCUACGAUCCGAACGUGGAGCCAUCCAAGGACGAUGUACUGUUCGAGGAGCCGAUUAUGUUGAUUGGGAUAGCCCGCAAGCUCUUCGCUACGGUGUAUUCAGUACCUGGCUUAGGGACCACAAGCCAGCACACGGCUCAAGCAUCACCGCCCCAGCAUGCAAGUCCCGCUAUGCAUGACGAGUCCGCCACGUCGCUGGAGGAGUCUUCGAAUGACUUCCAUGCUCUACUCUUACCGGACCUCCCUAGACAUCCGAACCACGCGGGAGCGGUGUCGCCCGAGAUCUCUGCAACUUUACCUCCGCGCAACACUUUCCGACGAAACAUGUACGGGUGUGACGAAGAGGAUGUUGACAUCAUGGACACAAGACCGCCUACUGGGCGUACGGAGGCUGAGUGUGAGGAGCUGCGCCAAGCACGAAAAGACAUCACAGUAUCCAACCCCUGGGUGACAGCCAAAAUCAAUGCGACCAGGAAGCAGAACGUUCUUUCAGGUGAACCAGCACGUGAUGACGAGGUCUUACUCACAAUUAAUGCUACGUCUCCGUGUCGAGAAGGGACAAGUAUGGAGGACGUUAUUGGUCAUUGUCUGCCCACGCCUCGACCAUCAUCUCCUUCUCCCAGCGCUACACACCCGCACCACUCUGGCCGCAAUACUGAGAUGUGGAAUAGUCGUGACGGACGCCUUCCGGCACAGCUCCAGAUUGUACAGAAUGACAGUCCAGGAGACGGAACGAUAAAGCCACGCGCAGACCCAUCGAUUGACCUAUCUGACCAGCCUGAUGAGCGUCAAGCUCCCACAUACAAUAAUGGCUUGGAGGCGACUUCGUCUACUCCAGAACAAGGUACGUCUUUGCAAUCAAUACCAUACCCAAGCAGGCGCCCUCGCCAGAGUCCAAACAAGCAGUAUCUAUCGUCAUCUCCGACUAAGCGGCCGUUCAUCACACCCGUUACCGAGCGUACUCCUCGUGAAAAAGUAUGGUUUGAUCAUCUGGAUAACAGCGGCAAGUCCUAUCCAAAGAGCGCAAGGCGCCGUGUGCUAGGAGAAGAUGCCGGUCUGGUCAGACAAGGCGAGCUCGAAGAUCUGCUCGACGAGCCACGACCUUUGACGCCUCCACGCCGCAAUCAAGAUAUUCGGGCCUGGGUUGGCUCUGUGGAUCGAGCACAUCAUGAAGCGGCUUCGAUUAUUGAACGUCGCAACUAUGGUCAGCUACAACGUUGUCGAUCUGCUUCCCACAUAGACGAGCCACUGCAGACCGAGAAUGCUACUUCUAAGCCAGUCUAUCGUGGCUUCGUGCCAGCUAGCGAUCUGGCGGUCCUCGAAGCUCAUGCUGAACAGAUGGCGAAGACUACUGUGCCGCCUCCGAAGCGUCGCAAACUUAGUCGUCCACCCUCACGCGCUCUGCAAGAGCUUAGCACGAACGUGCCGCUUAACGUGAGACAGAAUGAGCCCGAGACCAUACAGUCCGCGACCGAGGCAGAUCAAUGUAUUGAGAAUGUAUCUACCAAACAUCGACGUACUACAGACGGUAAAGUGCAAAGGACGAAGUCGGCGCGACUGCCACUUGAACGCAUACUACGAGGACAGACCAUGCAUGAUCUUGAGAUCAGGUCUCCGAUCUCUGUACGUCAGAUCUCGUGCUGGGCCAGGAAGCUUGAUGAGGAUGCAUCGUUGUUAGGAUGGAAUGAGCACGCUACGGGGCUACACUCUGCGUUUGCAGGGCUGACAGAUGGGGAUGCUGUGCAUGAUCUUUCCGGAAAGCUUCGAGAGCUGAUGAUCAACCGGCUAUCUGACGGUGAGAUGGCACUGGACUUGGACGAGCUGGUGGCGAAUGCAUUGCGAAGUAAUGGGUAG